AUGUACGCCUGUGCGAAGUUCGUCUCUACCCCCUCUCUGGUCCGUGCUGGGUCCAGGGCUCUGUAUAGACCAAUUUCUGCAUCAGUUUUGUCUCGGCCAGAGGUCCGAACUGGAGAGGGGAAAAACACACUCAGUGGGACACAAAACCCAUGCACCCAGCUGGUACUAAGGGCAUUUCAGACCAGUGCAGUCAGCAGGGACAUUGAUACUGCUGCUAAAUUCAUUGGUGCUGGUGCUGCCACAGUUGGUGUGGCUGGCUCUGGUGCUGGUAUUGGAACAGUUUUUGGAAGUCUCAUUAUUGGUUAUGCCAGAAAUCCUUCCUUGAAGCAGCAGUUGUUCUCAUACGCCAUCCUGGGAUUUGCCCUGUCUGAAGCUAUGGGUCUGUUUUGUUUGAUGGUUGCUUUCCUGAUCUUAUUCGCCAUGUAA